AGGGCUCAGUCCCCGGUCUUCCCUUGAGGCUCCUCAUUGCCUCGUGUCAGGCCAUAGGAGCCCAUGGAGGGAAAGGAAGAUAAGGAGCAACAGCAUAAAAUAGAAGAUGCUGGUAUACUGUAUGUACCUGAAAAAAAAGAAGAAACCAAACAUGAAAAAAAACCUGGGAAAAGUAUUCAACAUUCAAAACCAUGUGUUGGGAGAGGACGUGUAUAUUAUGCUAAAUUCAUUAGCACAAAUGUAAGAACAUGCAAUGAACCAGUUCCCUACAUAGAUCCCAAGAAAGAGCCAGAAAAUCAGGGUGACUGGUGGUCACAUAGUAAAGGAUUGGAAAAUCCCUUUCAACCACCUUAUGACACUAAGAGCACCCAGAGGAGUGACUUUAAAACACCAACAUGUCCAUUGGUUUCUCCAGUCAAAUACAGCAAGUUGCAAAAGCCUUCUUAUGGAAUAGUUCCACUUGCCUCUCCUGAUGCUUCAGCAGAACUUCAAAAGAAUUUUAUAGAGCGCAUCUCUUUUAUACAUCAAUAUGAUGCCAGGAAAACACCCAAUGAGCCUAUCCGGGGAAAGCGACAUGGAGUUUUUGUGCAGAGAGAGAUAAAACCAGGGAGUAGGCCAACAAUUUCUAAGAGAACAGAGGUAUUACUGAAUGCUCCAGGGUCAUGCUCAUCAGAACAGUCCAAAAAAACAGAGAAAGGAAACUCAGCGGAAAGCAAAAUGAUCUCACCCGGUCUCUGCCAACGAAAUUCCCAGGAGUUGUUAGAGACUAAAACUCACUUAUCAGAAACAGACAUCAGAGAGGCUGCCAAUGCCUGCCCCAGAAGUCCUGAGAGAAGGGAGAAGAUUGCAGACAUCUUUCAAAUAACUGCAGUAAAUGCUUUUCUCACCAGGUGUGAUCCUUUAAGUCCACCAGUAAAAAGUCAGGAUAAAUCAGGAUAAAUUACCUUCUUCAGAUAAAAACAUAAUGCUUGGAGUGUAGAGAAA